ACCUUCAGCUCUCUUCUCGUCUUCUGCAUCGUCUUCAAUCAAGGCACAAAGCAGCAUAUACGAAGACAGCCAUGGCGACUAGAGCUCUCCUUGUCCUCACCGUGGCCAUUGCGGCGGUGCUCGGGACGACGCACGGGGCCAGCUACACCGUUGGUGCUCCGGCUGGGUCGUGGGAUUUCCAGACCAACUACACCCGGUGGGCUUCCGGCAUCAGUUUCCGAGCCGGCGACCAGCUUGUGUUCAAGUACUCCCCCGCGGCGCACAACGUGGUGGAGGUGAGCAAGGCGGACCACGACUCGUGCACCGCCUCCAGGCCCCUCGCCACCUUCGCCACCGGCGACGACACCGUCCCGCUCCCCGCCGGCGGCGUCACCCGCUACUUCAUCUGCGGCGUGCCCGGCCACUGCGCCGGCGGCAUGAAGCUCGCCGUCAGAGUCGAGGCCGCCAGCGCUCCAGCUCCACCAGUGGCCAUGGCCCCCCGUGCUGCGCGCCCGCCGACUGCGUCUCCGUCUCCGGCGCCGAUGGCCAUGGCCCCUCGCGCUGCGCGUCCGCCGACUGCAGCAGCUCCGGCUACUCCAGCGCCAGCGGCCAUGGCCCCUCGUGCUGCGCUUCCGCCGAUGGUGACGCCAGGCGCCGAGGCCCCGGCCGCCGGCGGCAUGCCGGCCGUGCCUCCUCCGAGCUCUGCGGCGGCGCCGGCUGGUGUUGGGUCUCUAGUGGGGCUUGGUUUGGGCGCUGCCGUGGCUGCACUCAUGGCCUUCCAUUAGAGUCAACGGCUGUCUUUUUUGUAAUUCACUUACGUGUACUCAUUUUUUACUCUUAUGAUAUGAGACGUCGUUAUGUUA